CUAUACCAGGCUUAUAUGAGAGACUUUACUGCAUUGUUUAUUUUUGGGACUUUGUCCCAGUCCUUUGGGGCUGGAAUCAGAUAAUUGGGCUCAGGCUGGAUAACUCAGAAUUGGAUGAAUCAGAUUCACUUGAUGAGCCUAUUGACAAAUAG